AUGUCGGAGCCGCUGGGCUGGUGCGUGGAGGCGGUGCGGGCGGCGGCCGAGCCGGGGCUGGCCCGGGCGCUGCUGGCGCUGCGGACCCGCCACACCCGGCGGCCGGGAGGCGCCGCUCGGUUCCGGGAGCGGGGCGGGCUGGGGCCGCUGCUGGAGCUGCUGGGGCCCGAGCGGCCCCGCCGCACCCUCGACCUGGCCCUCAGCGUCCUCGGGAACUGCUGCACCGAGCCCGGCUGCCGCCGUCAGGCCCGGCGCCUCGGCGGCGUCCCCCGCCUCGUGGCCCUGCUGUCCUCGCCAGGGCCGGAGAGCGUGCAGAACCGGGUGGCCCGCACCCUUGCCAACCUGGCGCUGGAGCCCGAUGGUGCCCGGGACGUCCUCGACGCUGGUGCCGGCCCCCUCCUGGUGUCCCUGGCCGCCUCCUGCGGCACCCCCGAGUGCCUCCACAGCGCCGCCCGUGCCCUCCGCAUCCUGGGGGCCGCCCCGGCCCCCCGUCGGGCCCUGGGCCGAGCCGGGGCCGUCCGAGCCUUGGCCUCCCGCCUGGCCUCCCUCUCCCCGGCCCACCCCGCCUGCCCGGCUGUUGCCCGAGCCCUGCGGGGUCUCACCGACAGCCCCGGCCCCUCGGCCGACGACGUGGCCCCCGCUUUGCCCGCCUUGGCCGCCCUGGCCGCCCACGCCAAGAGGGACCACCGCCAACCCGCCCUGGGAGCCAUUGCCAACGCCUGCGCCCGCGCCCCGCUCCGACCCGCCCUGGGGGCCGCCGGGGCGGUGGAGGCGGUGACCGAGGAGGUGAGGAGGGCGUUGGCAUCCCCCAACGUCGCCGGCGCCACCGUAGCCGUCCGGGCGCUCUGCCUCCUGUGCCGGGAGGCCGUCAACCGGGCACGGGUACGGGCAGCCGGCGGAUUGGGGCUGCUCCUGCGCCUCCUGGCCGAGCCCCGCGCCCGGCCGUGGCGUCCCCGCGUCCUCCUGGCUUUGGCCGCCUUCGCCUACGACCAGGAGGCGCUGGCGGCCCUGGAGGCCCGGGGCCUCGUCCCGCUGCUCGCCGACGUCCUGCGGGCCCGGGCCGACGAGGAGGAGGAGGACGAGGAGGAAGAGGACGAGGAGGAAGACGAAGAGGAGGAGGAUGAAGCCGCCGCGUCGUGCGAUCUCCCCCGGGAGCUGCCUGGCCCGCCCGGGGCCGGGGCGGCCGCCGGGAGCUUGCGGGGACUCAACUGCCUCCCCGCCGCCCUCCCCCCGUCCUCCACUGCCCCUCCCCACUGCCCCUCGCCCCCCCGCCGCCGCCUGCCCCCCAUGGGGGCCCUGGCCCUGCCCCGAGGGGUGGGCGAGGGGGACCCCUGGCUCCCCGAAGCCCCCGCUCUCCUACUUUUGGGGCGCCUGGCAGCCGCCGACGAGCCCAGCCGAGCCCUGGCCACCGCCCCCGUUGUUUCGGGGCUCCUCCGCUACCUGACGGGGGUCCCUGCCCCGGCCCCCCGGGCUGCCCGGGUGCUGCAGCGCCUGACAGGGCACCCUGCUUUUUUGGGGGCGCUGGUCCGGGCUUACGUCCCUUCCCUGCUCCGCUCCUGGCUGGUCCUCGGCCUCGCCCCACCCCAGGCCGAGGAGCUUUCGCGGCCUGGGGGACCCAGGCGUCCGGCCGCCCCCCCACACCCCCGCCAGGCACGCCUCAAGGAGCUGGGUGAGGGACUCCUGCGCAACCUAGGGGCUGCGGCAGCGGCCCCCUUCGGCGUGGGGCUGCUGACCCACAUGCUGCGCUGCGGGGCCCCCCCGGCCCGCCUGGCCUGUGCCACCGCCCUGCCCCUGCUCGCCAGGCCGGCGUCUCCGGCGCGGGGGCUGCUGUGGGGAGGGGGGGCGGUGGCCCUGCUGCUCUCGGCGACACCCCACGACCUCCUCCUCCUCCCCAACGGCACCCACCCCGGGGUGCCAGUGGCCCGGGCGGCCCUGAGCCAGGGGUCCCCUGUCUUGGGAGCCAUGUUGGGGGGGGCCUUCGCCGAGGCCCGCCAGGCAGCGGUGGCCUUGGGCUGUGCCCCCCGCCACCCUCUCCUCCUCCUCCUCCACUUUGUCCAUGGCUGCCGGGGCCGACCCAGGGACGAGUGUCCCCUCCUGUGUCCCCCUGUGUCCCCCGCUGCCGCCGGUGCUGCCAUUGCCUUGGCCCGCCGUUACCUGGUGGAUGGCUUUGAGGGCGUCGUGGCCGCCGCCGUCACCGCAUCCCCCGGCCAUUUUGGGGGGCCGCCCCACAACGUGGCCCCCCGCUUGGUUCGGGUGGCCCGGCUGGCCCGAUGUCCUCCUCGCCUGGCCCGGGCCUUGAUGGCUGCUGUGGCACCCCGGGGGGCCCAGCCCCACCUUGAUAUGGGGGAGCCGUGGGGCGGGGGCGACCCCCUGCUGCAGCUCCCCGGAGAUGCCAAUGGGGACCUCAGGGACCUGGAGGAUGACUUCGGGGUCCCUUAUGAGGACCUUGGGGACACCCGGGGAGACCUUGGCAACGUGGCGGACCCAUUUGGGGACCCCUCUAUGGAUGUUGGGGGCACCGUAGGUGAAGAUGAGGUGGACAUGGAGGUCAAGGGGCCUCUCUAA